AUGGAUGAUUCCAUGAUUGGGAGAUGGCUCUCCCAGUUUCCAAUGGAUGACCUGACGUGCAAAUCCACGUCAAAACCGCUGCUGCGACGAUUUAUCCAUUGUAAUCAGGAUCAUUUCGCGGGCUGUUUGUCAAAGAUUGAGGGCAGAAUGCGCAUUUGGACAGUAAAGUGUCAUGGCUGGAUCAAACUCACCGAAGCGCAGUUCACACCUUUCUCCCGAUCUGCGCAUAAGGAUUCUCGCUGGACCAAGGAAGAUCUUCUUGAGCUACAACGCAAUACGUCCGGAAGCUAUGGCCAGGCAGCAUACGUAGGAAGUUCUUCGAUCGUUACAACAUGCAGUCGAUACGUGGAAACUCCCAAUGGGAGACAUACAUUCCAUAUCAGCCAUUAG